AUGACCAAGAUCUUUGCACUAGGUGUGACGGGGUACAUCGGCGGCGAUGCGCUGUAUGCUAUAGCCCACGCUCAUCCGGAGUAUGAGUGGUCGUGCCUUGUCAGGAAUUCGGACAAGGGCGUCUUGGUCGCGAAAGACUACCCCAGCGUGAAGCUCGUGUAUGGAGAUCUGGACAGCCAUGAUCUGAUUGCGGAAGAGGCGGCCAAGGCAGAUGUGGUUUGCAACUGGGCCAACGCCGACCAUGCAGGUGCCGCCAAUGCAAUCAUCUCCGGGCUUUCCCGGCGCAGCACCCCUAGCUACUACAUCCACACGUCUGGCGCAGGCAUCUUGCUCAUAAACGACAUUCAGAUUAGUUCCUAUGGCCACAGUUCUUCCAAGAUUUAUGAUGAUCUGGAUAACGUGUCAGAGGUAACGUCCCUACCGGACGCUGCGCCGCACCGCUCCGUCGACAAAGUCGUGCUCGGCGCGCAUACAAAGUCUGCCAACAUCCUUACCGCAAUUGUUUGCCCACCUUGCAUCUAUGGCUUUGGUCGCGGUCCGGGUAAUCAGCGCUCAAUUCAGGUUCCCGAGCUUGUUCGCUGCACGUUGCAGCGCAAACAGGGCUUCACCGUGCUCGAGGGCAACACGAUGUGGGCAGAGGUGCACGUGCGAGACCUGGCGCAGGUGUAUCUGCGUCUCGUCGAGGAAUCGACCCAGCCAAACGGCGGCGCCGCGACUUGGGGCCCGACCAAUGGGUACUACUUCGCGGAGAGCGGGGAGUUCGUGUGGGGCGACGUGAGCAGAGCCGUUGUCAAGGAGGCGCGCCGGCAAGGCUUCGAGAAGCUACAGAAAAGUGUUGUGGGGCUCGACGUAACAGAAGCCAGAAAAAUGUUUAAGGCUGGUCCGGAGCUCUGGGGUUGCAAUUCAAGGUGCAGGGCGCUGAGAGCGAGAAAACUGUUGGGCUGGGAACCGAAGAUGCCGAAGUUGAUGGAGUUGAUUCCGCAGGACGUGGAGUUGGAGGCGAGGAGGCUGAGCCUGGUGAAGACGCAUGCUGAAGUGGCAGCGGGAGAGGCGUGA